AAAAAGUUUUUCAAUGCCGUCUGUAAGCAUGCUCAGCAUGGCUGACGUGUGCGAAUUGAUUGUAUAGCAAAACCUCUUACGAAGGCUGUUGAUAUGACCAGCAUUACCAGUAGCUUCCACGAAACUCAUUAUGACUUCCACUUCCCUUUCCAUCACUGCCAUCAAUAUAAUUAUUCGUGAAGUUGAUGGAGUUACUUGUUGAUACUCAGCGAAAGAUUGCGUUGAAACCCACUCGUAAAAAUCGUGUAGGAUAUAGUUAUAGAAUCAAUUCAUUCACUGCUUUAUCACUUCUGAGCACUCACCUUGAUUUGCAAUAGCGUCCUUGGACCCAUGCAAAUGAUAUUUAGAACAAGAUUGUCGCUCUUAACAGACUUGAACUCUGAAUGCUGAUGCUGUUUCCGCCAGACCAAGAUGCCGCGUUGUUAGAAAGAGGCAAAUAUGAAUGCGCGUGGAAUCAACGAAGAUAAGUUAUUUGAAAAAUAUCAUAUUUGGAUCAACCUUGGUGUUCAGUUCCACCCCGCGAAGUGCAAAUAAACCGCGAGGCAUGAUCACAGAAUUUUUGAAAUGCAGCGCAUGAACGAUCACGAUCGGCUUUUGAAAUGCUCAGUACAGUAGGUUGAGAUGAAAAAAAAUUCUCGACACCCACUUAAACCGCACCCAAACGGCAGAAGUGACACUUUACUUUUCGCGGACAGGAAGCUCAGUAUAGUACCUUUCUCUAGCGAAGCAAGAAGUGCGCUAAAAAAAAUUGCUUGAUAUUCACUAGUAUCGUCAUUAAUUUCUUUUCAGCGGAGCACAAGCGACAUUCAAAUUUUAGAUAGGACUUCAUUGGUUUUUUAACUGGAUAGGACGUGCAAUCGAGUGUAGGCUUCCAUUAAGAUAGAAAUUUUCAGCCAAAAAAGAGUUAUUUAGUGUGGAAGACGAAGUAGACAUGUCACGCUCCGUAUCUCGUUCCCGUUCUGCGUCGGGUCGUCGCGACAAGAAGGCGGACCGCGACCGUUCCCGUAGCCGCAAGAGCAGCCGCAGCCCGUCGCCGCGGAAGAAGGAGGAGUCCAGAGGCAAGAAGGACCGCCGCCGGUCGGACUCGCGCCGCCCGCGGAAGGAGGACCGUCGUCGCAGCCGCGACUCCCGGGGCCGCGGGGGCGAUGCGGGCCGGGAGCGCCGGAACCGGGGCGACGGCUUGUCGGUUUUGAUUCGCGGAUUGCCAGACUCCACGGAUAAGGUACUUUAUACCAACGAGUGCCUGGUUGCUGAAGUGUGCUUGUACUCUGAAAAUUUUAAAGUAGUAGGUCGGUUCCUGUUCCUACCGGGACACGACGAGGAAACGGAAUUACGAUAUGAGAAAAAAUCACCUAUAUCCAAAAAUGAAAACCCACAGCACGAGCUGCAGGAUCUGAUCGAGAAGGAAGUCGGCGAGGUGCGGGAUGUGUACAUUCCAAAGGACUACUAUGCAACAAAAAAACUGUGUAAGUGUAACUCUGUAAUGCAGAACAUGCAAGAGGAAGAGAGUUACACCUGUCAUGCCAGACAGCCACGAAGUCCUCUUUCCAUGUGUGUUUUCCCUUACAAGCCACGCAUGACAGGUUUUCUCUGUCAUGUACAGCAAAUUUGUGAUGCUGUCAGCCAAAGAAAGUUACACUAACACAGUUUUUUUCUUGGAUA